AUGAGAGAGCUCCUUCACCCAGCCAUAACUGAACCCGCCAAAAACCAACUCCUGCAACUCAAUCGUCGACUCGCCAGUUUGAUUCGUUCCAGCCAUUUUCAAGAUGCGCUCCAUCUGUUCGACGAUUUUCGUUCGUUCCAUCAGCAUCUCAAACCAGACCAGUACACCCUCUCCACAGCCCUCACCGCAUGCGCCAAUCUCCGAAACACCGCAUAUGGCAACGGGCUCCACGCCUACGCCGUUAGAUCCGGCCUGUACUCCCACCUCCACGUUUCGAAUACGCUGCUUCUGCUGUACGCCAGAGCUCGGGAUGCUAGCUCCAUGAAACGGGUUUUCGGGGAAAUCGGAAACCCGGAUGCGUUUUCUUAUACUACGGUGUUGUCGGAGUGUUCCAAGACGGGGGAUUUGAAGUAUGCUUUUGAGCUGUUCGAUAAAUUGCCUCAGAGAGACGUGCCCGUUUGGAAUGCGAUGAUCACCGGGUGCGUGGAGAGUGGGAACGAGCUGAUCGGAUUUGGGCUGUUUAGAGAGAUGCUUAGGUCAGGAGUUAUGCCUGAUAAUUACAGCUUUGGAAGUGUUCUCAGCGGGUGUUGCUCUGAAAGAGUCGAGUUACGGAGCCAGGUACAUUCACUGUUGAUCCGAACUGGUUCUCUGGCGAGAACUUCUGUUGUGAAUGCUCUAAUUACCAUGUAUUUUACUUAUGAGGAAUUCGCUAAUGCCCUCUUGGUAUUCGAGGAAGUAGCAGACGAGUUGCGCAAUCAUAUCACUUACAAUGUUAUGAUUGACGGUUUCCUAAGUGCUUUGAUGGUUGAUGAGGCCAUCAUUAUGUUUAGGGAGAUGCUGGGCUGCUGUCUUAGACCUUCUGAAUUGACUUUUAUGAGUCUCAUCAGCUCCUGCUCCUGCCCUAGAAUCGGCUGUCAAGUUCAUUCCCAAGUUAUCAAAACGGGAUUUGAAGCUUACGCCCCUGUUUGCAAUUCACUUAUAUCUAUGUAUGCAAACUUUGGGGACUUGGUUGCAGCUUGCAUGAUCUUUGAGAGACUGGAAGAUAGGGAUGAUGUAUCAUGGAAUGCUAUGAUAUCUGCCUAUGCUCAAUCUAACCUUGGUGGAUCAGCUAUUUCCACAUACAUGGAGAUGCAGAAGGCAGAGAUUUUUAGACCUGACGUGUUUACAUAUGGAAGCUUAUUAGCAAGCUCAGAUUCUAUAGCAACUCUGGAGAUGUUUCAUUGCACUGUAAUCAAAAGAGGACUAGUUUCAAGCACUCAGGUUUCAAAUUCACUGAUUUCGGGAUACUGCAAACAUGGCAAUGUAAAAGAAGGACAUAAAGUAUUUCUAGACAUGUCAUCUAGAAGCUUGGUCUCUUGGAAUACUAUCAUGUCAGGUCUUUUGUUAAAUGGGCUUCACAUUCAAGGCAUUCAACAUUUCUCUCGACUAGUAAUGUCAGGAUUUCGCCCGAAUGAAUAUGCCCUCACCAUUGCUUUGAGUCUCUGUGCAAGCAUGUCAGCUAUAGACCAAGUAAAGCAGAUACAUGCUUAUAUCCUGAGAUUUUGGUCUGGUCUAAAAGGGGCUUUAGGUAAUGCCCUGAUCACAACUUAUUCGAAAUGUGGCCUUCUUGAUUGGUCUUUGAGGGUCUUCAGUGCCAUGACUCAUAAAGACUUGGUCUCCUGGAAUGCCCUAAUAUCUGCUUAUGCUGAACAUGGAAAUGGGAAAGAAGCUGUGCAGUAUCUCGAAGCAAUGGAACACUCUUCAUCAGGGUUUGGUCCUGAUGAGGCUACCUUCACAACUGUACUCUCUGCGUGCAGCCAUUCAGGCUUGGUUGCUGAUGGCACUCGAGUUUUCCACUCAAUGGUCGAUAGAUAUGGGAUUAAACCCAGCUUAGAUCACUUCUCUUGCAUUAUUGACCUUUUGGGUCGAGCUGGGGAAUUUGGUGAGGUGGAGACGGUAAUAAACAGUGAGCAUUUUAUAGCUCAUCCCAAUAUCUGGUGGACACUGAUCAGUGCUUGUGCUGCACAUGGUAAUUUGGAAUUGGGAAGGCAGGUAGCCGGGUUUCUUCUCGAAACUGAACAACACAAUGCAUCUGUUUAUGUGCUGUUAUCAAACAUAUAUGCAGGCGCUGGUCAGUGGGAAGAAGCAGCUAACGUGAGGCAGCAGGCGGAGAAAUUUGCGACAAUGAAGCAGACUGGCUACAGCUGGGUAUGCACAUAA